AUGAUCAAAGCGACAGCAGAGGACGUAAUAAUCAUUGGAGCUGGUGUAGUAGGGCUGACUCUAGCACACGGGUUGAAAAAGCACGGUAUACCAUUUCAGAUCUACGAAAGGGAUUCAAGUGUGUCAGCACGGGGUCAGGGCUGGGCCAUCACAAUACACUGGGCACUUCCGUACUUGAAGGAUCUGCUAUCUCCUGAGACGCUCGCUGAAAUUGACGAAGUACAAGUCGACCCCGAGAUUGGCCGUAAAGACACUGGAAAUUUUCUAUUCAUCAAUCUAUCGAAUUGCGAAACGAAGUAUCGUAUUCCGCCUUCUGAACGACGACGGGUGAACCGGGAGAAGCUGAGAGCCGUUCUGUUGCGAGACGUUGCGUCUAAGGUGCACUGGUCGAAGAGUGUUUCCAGUGUGGAAUCCACGGAUAAUGGUGUCAAGGUCACUUUCGACGACGGCACUAGCACAAGAGGCUCGCUGGUGGUUGGUGCCGACGGAGCGAACUCGAGAGUGCGAAGGUUCCUGCGGCCAGACGACUACCGGAACAGCCAACUCCCCAUUCGCUUCCUUGGAAGUGCCGUCGACAUGACUCCAGCUCAAGUCGCUCCGUUGCGCAAGCUGGAUCCUCUACUCUUCCAAGGCUGUCAUCCUGAAAGCUCCUGCUUCAUGUGGGUAUCGAUGCUUGAAACACCUGCGGUCAACGGUACAGCAGAGAAUGAGCCGGACAAACAGCGUUACCGCGUGCAGCUCAAUCUUUCCUGGCCCGUACGCUCGCCCGCAGACGAGCCCGCACCGACAGAUAAGGAGCGCGUUGCAGACAUGAAGAGAAGGGCAGAUGUUUUUGCGCCCGUGCUGCGCGACGCCAUUCACGCCAUCCCGGAUGAUGCUGAGGUACUGGAGAUCAAAUUGGCCGACUGGCCUUGUUUAGACUGGGACAAUAGCAAAGGGAGGAUCACUCUCGUGGGAGAUGCAGCGCACGCGAUGACGAUGUACAGAGGCGAGGCAGCAAAUCACGGCAUGUUAGAUGCCUACCGACUCGUCGAAUCCCUGAAGGUAUUACACUCGGUGAAUGCCGACAGCGAAGUGGGUGCUGUCGACGAGCAAUCGAGAGUCGUCACAGAUUUCGAGGCUGAGAUGCGUACACGCACAAGUUAUGCCGUGAAGAUGAGUCGGCAGGCUUGCUUCGAUGCUCAUGACUGGGAGCGAUUGAACGAGAAUUCUGCUGUACUGACCAAACGGGCGGUAGUGGCUAAGUAA